GGAACACCAACAAUUUGAAUAAGACUGCCGCAAAAUCGAUUUCCCCGACUGUCUGCCAAGAUCGAGGGGAUCUGCCCACUCAUCAUGGAUCAUGUUUCUAGCACUAGGUCACGCUCUACACGUACGCGGAUGAGUAUAUGUAAGAGCUGAUAGACCGCGAUUUGGGCUUGGUUCACCUCGGGCGAACAUGCCACUUCCUGCCGCCGACCGCAUGUCCAUAACCUCGGCAUGGUUAGAGUCUAUAGUUUAUGGAAUCAGUUGCAUGCUUUUUAGCGUAUGCAUGCAUGUCCUAUUUAACCGGGGCAAGAGAGCACAUUGGGUUAUUCCCGUGUCAUGCUUUUUCCACUUUUCAAUCGCGACAGCACACAACAUCUGCUGCCUGUUUCGUUCCCUACAGGCCUUCACGAAUCCUGCUAUAAUAUCCGUUCCCAACGGAAGUAUCUUAUACCUCCUCAGGCCCACAACCUUGGCGUUGACGAUGGCGGCAUUGUACAUUAUGAAUACGUUUGCUCUAAACUUACUGCUAAUCUGGAGGCUGUAUGUGGUUUGGAAUCACAACCGGAUCCUUGCUAUCAUCAUGCUAAUUCUGGAAGCUGGACGAAUCUCAACUGCUGUCGCGGCCUGGGCCGUGGUUCUUCGGUUCCGUCAAGUCUUCUCACACACUGUCUUCGCUUUGUCAAAAACUAGUUUUGCGCUUGAUUUCGUCUUCACUGUCAGCGUCACGUCCGGAAUCGCAUAUCGUCUUUGGCGCGCAGGCAAAGAUGUAUCUCAUUUGACUGACCACAAUGCCUACAAAGCUGUCAUAUACGCUUUCAUCGAGUGUGGUGCGAUCUAUACCAGCAGUAUUUUGGUACUGAGCGCUCUGAGCAUGUCCGGCAGCCUAGCUGGCGUCAUGGCCAUUGACGUUAAUGUCCAGAUUGCUACCUUGACACCUCUUCUUCUCCUCGUCAGUGUUAGCCGUAGCCUGACGAAAAGUGAUCUGCAUUUCGAUAUUCCGGCGACUACGGGACUCGUCUUCGUUCGACCAGUCCAGGUCAAUAUGACCGAGGGGAUCUGUACCCACCCUGUGGAGACUAUGGAUUCUAGUCUUCGGAAGACUCACAGUAUGCGGUCAUAUCAUGACAAUGUAGCGUGACACCGGCUAGAAGCAUCUCAUGCCUUGUAUUGUAUUGAGGGAGGGAGGGAGGAUAGAUGUACCAAUAAACAUGUAUUUUAGUUCUUCAUGAAUGAAGAUGAAGAUCGUCCAAGGA